CUUUGACUUACACUUGAAUGAAUUCAAUUUCGCAGGUCUGGAAUGGUUUAAUUCUUCAGGACCUUUAUCUUUCAACUCAAACCUUCAAGGAAAGGUGGUCGUUCUUGACUUCUUCACGUACUGCUGUAUCAACUGCAUGCACAUCCUGCCAGACUUAGAGGCACUGGAGGAAAAGUACUCGGUAGAAGAUGGAGUUGUUGUUGUCGGAGUCCACUCGGCCAAGUUUGAGAACGAGAAAGUGUCUUCGAACAUCAAGAAUGCCAUCCUCCGUUACAACAUCCACCACCCUGUGGUGAAUGACCACGAUGCUGUGAUGUGGAAUGAGCUUGAUAUCCAGUGUUGGCCAACCUUACUCAUCGUAGGUCCAGGAGGUGAACCCAUCCUGACCAUCAUCGGCGAAGGACACAGGGAUAUUCUCUUCGAAGUUGUCCAACUCUGUCUUGACCACUUUAGAUCAAGGAGUGCCUUGAGCACGCAUAGCCUUCCUUCCGUCGACCUCAAGGAAUCUUUGGCUGACUCUCCGCUGCUCUAUCCUGGCAAGGUUACCACCAAUCCCGAAGGCACGCUGCUGGCCGUAUCUGACACGGGACAUAACAGGGUGGUCAUUGUGGCUCUUGAUGGAGUCGUACAACGUUGCAUUGGAGGUACAGAAUCUGGCUUUAAUGAUGGCCUUUACCAGGAAGCAAGGUUCCAUUCUCCUCAGGGUCUAUGCUGGUUCAAAGAUGUCAUCUAUGUUGCUGAUACAGAGAACCAUGCCAUCAGAAAGAUUGACUUGAAGCAGGAGUGCGUCACCACCGUAGCAGGCACGGGGGAGCAGGGAGGAGACCACUAUGGGGCUGGGCGUGGCACGGAGCAGGUCAUCAGUUCCCCCUGGGAUGUUGUGCUAGGACCCCCAAAUGAAGACGUUUUGUUCAUUGCUAUGGCUGGUACCCAUCAGAUAUGGGGCCUGUUUCUCUCUGAUGGAACAUGGCUGAAAGGAGUGAGUCAUGAUGCAGGAAUCUGCAUGAGCUAUGCUGGGAGUGGCAAGGAAGAAAAUCGCAACAACUCUUACCCCCGGAAGGCAGGCUUUGCACAGCCCUCUGGUCUGGCCCUUGCCCCCUUGGAGCCAUACAACUGUAUUUUUGUAGCAGACAGCGAGAGCAGCUCAAUCAGAAGAAUUGCCUUUAAAGACGGAGCUGUGAAGAAUGUUGUUGGAGGGGAAUUGGACCCAAUGAACCUGUUUGCAUUUGGAGAUGAAGAUGGUAAAGGCAUUGAGGCAAAACUACAGCAUCCUUUGGGCGUAGCCUGGAACCACAGUAAAUCCCUCUUCAUAGCAGACUCAUAUAACCACAAGAUCAAACUCAUUCACGACGUGUCAAAUCGGUACUGUUCAUCGUACGCUGGUACAGGAGAACCUGGUAUGACAGAAGAAACGGAUAUCUCUAAAGCACAGUUCAAUGAGCCUGGAGGCUUGGUGGUGUCUCCUCAAGGGUAUCUCUAUAUAGCUGACACCAACAACCAUGCCAUCAGGUGCAUUGAUAUCGCAACGUCUACGAUCACUACGUUGAAGGUAGUACUUCCAUCCAUCACAUCAGUUGACAGCAAGCCAAGUGCUUCAACAGUUGUCAAGAGUAAACUUCCAAAGAAUGCAAUCCCUAGAGCAGUAGAUGGUGUUUCUGUUAGGUUGGAAGGCUCUGUCGCCCUGUCGCUUAAUGUCAGUCUUCCAUCAGGAAGCUACCUCACUGAGGGAGCACCAAGUGCCUGGCAGAUCUUCAUUCCAGGCUCAGAAAAUCAACUGGUGAUGGCAAUGACCAACCUUGGACACCUGAGUGACCCCUUACCAUCCUUUUCCUGGACACCUUCUUUAGAUGCUCAGAGGUCUUUGACAUUGCAGGUGGAAUCCGUGAUCUACUACUGUCUCCCCUCAGGGGUGUGUUGCAGGCAAGCCUUUGGAUUCAGUGUUCCAGUUUCCAGGAUAGAGGGCGCUCCACAGACUGUGAAGGUUGAACUGUCUCAUCAAGUACUGGAAAAUUCUUGAAGUCUUUAUCUGCAGCGUCCAGUAGCUUCAGAGGCUUAAUCCAGGUACCUUUUAAAACUGCCUUCCCUCAGGUGUGUGUUGCCGGCAAGCCCUUGGAUAGAAUCUGUGUACCGGUACUGGUUUUCCACACUAGAUCUACAGGGUGCUCCACAGACUGUAAAGGUUGAAUUGUUGCAUCAAGUACUGGAAAAUUCUUGAAAUCUUUUUCUGCAGCUUCAAGUGACUUUACAGGCUUAAUCCAAGUACUGUUCUACCACUUCCUUCCCUUGGAAUCAUUGUUGGGAAAAAGUCUUAUGGGGUGUUGCAAGAAACUGACGAUCACUUGCAAAUCUAUUUUUGGUUGCAAAAUCAAUCAAUUGCCAAAACUUAUUGCAAAUUUGAAAUGAACUUCCGAUCUGCACCUUGAAUCAAGGAGUGUAAAGUGAUUUGCUUCAGCUGAAAUUGAUCUGUCAAUUGUAUAAUUGCAAUUGAUUGCCACCAUCUUCCUGCAACAUACUCUUAUUUUUCAAGCUAAAAGUGAGCAAGUCUCAAUAUAGAAAAUAAGAAUAUAUAAAUCACCCAAGAGUGAUGAGGCGGUUCGAGCUAUGUUAUAAAGUAUUUCGAAGCGGUUUUCUCUGCAGAGCAACAGUACUAAAUUACUUUCAUUAAGUAUUCUUUGUCUUCCAAAAUCUUAAUACUAUGGGUGAAUUGUUCACAGAACUUUCUGAAACCUAAUCCACUUGAACUUGUUCUGCCUUUGAUACUGAAGCAGGGGCCUCGGAACUGCAGGGGCUGAAGGUCUUCAGCCCCCCCCCCCCCACUAUUUUCAGUAAAUGUGUUUAAAAUGUAAAAUUACCAUCUUAUUGUGAAUGGUUAGACUUCCUCCCCCACUAUGGCUCUGCCCCCCUAUCAAAACUGUUCCAUGGCCUCUGUGAAGGUUUUACCUGUAUGCCUCUACUGUUCCUCCUAUAAGAUGUAUUUCUAACAAAUAUUCAAAAGUUGCAAACCAAGCCCUUAUUCAAAUCUGCCCAAUGAGUAAAGUACCUGGUUCCUAUUUCAUAAAGAGUUACAACUAUUGUAACUGCCACAGAAAUCUUGAUUGUGAUUGGCUGCUAUGACCUGUUACCAUUGUAGUUAGUGUUACGGCAAAUUUUCAACAGAUGUUUGCCCAUUAUGAAAUAAGGCCCUUGUAUUCUGUGAUUAGAAAUCCUACCCUGACCAGAAAAUAUCAGGUACAUGCACUUUGCUGUAGUGGAGUGUUUAUCCUACAGAGAAAAGUUCUUUCUAUGAGCUUAUGUUUUUCAUAAUUAUGCAUCUUUCACUUUGACUUCUUCAUGGACAUUAGAUAUUUAGGGGCAUAGAAGCAGAUUAUGAGAACUUUUUGUGAACUUUGGCAAGAGGAUUGGAUUUACUUGGAUGUUAGGAUGUAACAAAUAUGUUUAUGUGCCCCCAAAUGCACACAUUUCAUUUUAGAAUGAAGCAUUCUUGUUAGCCACGAGAGCUUUACCUACUUCAAGCAGGUAUGAAUGUGCAAAUUAAUCAUUAGGUAUUUAGUUCUCUUAAUUAUCAGAUAUUCCCCCUGAUCUGACGGCUUUUUAUACUCCAUCAAAUUAUUGAAAGACCUUGAACGUAGUAUAAGUUGUCUGUAUUCUCAUGAACUGUGGUCUGAAAUAAUGAAUUACCCUUAAAUUAUUAGUGCUUUAUCUUUUCUAUCAUGUUAUCUAAUUCCUAUUAUUGUAAUGUAUUCUCUACAUUUAUUAUUAUUAUUAUUAUCAUCAAUACCAUUAUUAACUGUCACCGUGUUUGUUUUGUUUAUAAAGUAUAAUUGUUUAUGAUCCCACUUACAGUAAUAAGUCGGGUAAUAUAUAUAGAUAUUUCUCGCAAUGAAUAUGAAUAUUUACAUUUAUGGUCACAUAAGGGAAGUUUAGUAGCAGGCAAAUGGAGGAGGAAUGUAUUUGAAGAAUGAACAUUGAUUAAUUAAGAUAUAUAAUAUUUAUAAAUUAUGUGUUAGAACUCAAUAUGCAGACAAAGAAAUUUAUUCAUUCAAAUGAAUUAUUUUAAACAGUGUAAUAUUUUAUAUGAUAACCCCAUCAUGUACAGGUAUCUAUCAUUUUAUACACAAUUGUAUGCUGAGGCUGUUGGUUAUUCAUAAUUUUGUCCUGUUUGAUAAUUUUGUCAUAUACCCCAAGUCUAGUUUCCUUAGAACCUGAGAUAGAGUUCUCAUUCAUCAUGUAACCUGCUGAAGAAAUAAACCCUUGCCUCAGGUGGGCUAACAAAUCUA